AUGGAGAGCUGCCUGUGGGUCAUUCUCCUGUCCUCUGUGGUCCUGGCCAAACGAGAAGAUGCUGUGAGGUUGGUGAAUGGUGUGCAUCGUUGCUCUGGAAGAGUUGAAGUUUAUCAUCGAGGAGAGUGGGGCACAGUGUGUAGUUUUUCGUGGACCGCGUAUGAUGUCCGAGUGGUGUGUAGAGAGCUGGGCUGUGGUGUUGCUGUGGCAGGUCCACGUGAUGCUCAUUUUGGACAGGGAUCAGGGAGAAUCUGGAUGGAUAAUGUGCAUUGUAAGGGAUCCGAGUCCACACUGAAGAGAUGGAGAACCAGACUGUCUAAUGGAUCAAAAUCCUGCUCUGGGAGAGUAGAGCUGCUUCACAGCACAACCUGGGCAUCAGUGUGUGAUGCUGCGUUCGACUGGCAGGAUGCAGAGGUGGUGUGUCGAGAGCUGGACUGUGGGGCUCCUGUAGAGGUGCUGGGAGCAGCUGUAUUUGGAGAAGGAAAGGGCCAGGUGUGGUCAGAGGAGAUCCAGUGUGGAGGCAACGAGACUCAGAUUCAACUCUGCCCAACAUCUGCUCUGAACCACAGCUGCUCACAUGAGAAUGAUGUGGGACUGUCUUGCAGAGAUGCUCUGAGGCUGGUGAAUGGUAGCAGUCGCUGUUCUGGAAGAGUAGAGGUUCUCCACAGACAGCAGUGGGGCUCAGUGUGUAGUAACGGAUGGGACCUGCAUGAUGCUGCAGUGGUGUGUAGAGAACUGGGCUGUGGAGAGGCUAUAAAAGCUCUUAAUGGGGCCUAUUAUGGACAGGGUUCAGGAAGUAUCUGGAUGAGUGGUUUGCAGUGUGUGGGGUCUGAGUCCACAGUGAAGGACUGCAGGUCACAAAGAUGGGUUACAAAAAACUGUGGUCAUCAUCAGGAUGCAGGAGUAAUCUGCUCGGGAGUCAAACUGGUGGGCCGUUCUCAUUGCUCUGGGAGAGUGGAGCUGCUUCAUAAGGAGACCAGACACACAGUGUGUGAAGCUGCAUUUGACUGGCAGGAUGCAGAGGUGGUGUGUCGAGAGCUGGACUGUGGGGCUCCUGUAGAGGGGCUGGGAGCAGCUGCAUUUGGAGAGGGAAAGGGCCAGGUGUGGUCAGAGGAGAUCCAGUGUGGAGGCAACGAGACUCAGAUUCAACUCUGCCCAACAUCUGCUCUGAACCACAACUGCUCACAUGAGAAUGAUGUGGGACUGUCUUGCAGAGAUGCUCUGAGGCUGGUGAAUGGUAGCAGUCGCUGUUCUGGAAGAGUAGAGGUUCUCCACAGACAGCAGUGGGGCUCAGUGUGUAGUAACGGAUGGGACCUGCACGAUGCUGCAGUGGUGUGUAGAGAACUGGGCUGUGGAGAGGCUAUAAAAGCUCUUAAUGGGGCCUAUUAUGGACAGGGUUCAGGAAGUAUCUGGAUGAGUGGUUUGCAGUGUGUGGGGUCUGAGUCCACAGUGAGGGACUGCAGGUCACAAGAAUCGGUUGCAGAAAACUGUGGUCAUCAUCAGGAUGCAGGAGUAAUCUGCUCAGGAGUCAAACUGGUGGGCCGUUCUCAUUGCUCUGGGAGAGUGGAGCUGCUUCAUAAGGAGAACAGACACACAGUGUGUGACGCUGCAUUUGACUGGCAGGAUGCAGAGGUGGUGUGUCGAGAGCUGGACUGUGGGGCUCCUGUAGAGGUGCUGGGAGGAGCUGCAUUUGGAGAGGGAAAGGGCCAGGUGUGGUCAGAGGAGAUCCAGUGUGGAGGCAACGAGACUCAUAUUCAACUCUGCCCAACAUCUCCUACACCCUCACACAACUGCUCUCACAAGCAUGAUGUUGGUUUAGUUUGUACAGAUCUUGUGAAGUUGGUGAAUGGUAGCAGUCGCUGUUCUGGGAGAGUGGAGGUUUAUCAUGGAGGAGAGUGGGGAACAGUGUGUGGUACUGAUUGGAAUCAGUUUAAUACGGCAGUCGUGUGUAAAGAGUUGGGGUGUGGUCAUGCUGUAGAUAUAAUGCAAUAUGCCUACUUUGGAGAGGGAACAGGGAGAGUCCUGAUGGCUGAGGUUGCCUGUGGGGGGAAGGAGACCAGACUUAAGGCCUGCCCUCAUAAGGAAAUGGGUAAUCAUACAUGCCAACCUCGCAACAGUGUUGGAAUCCUCUGCUCAGAACACCGAGCUCUCAGGCUUGUGAACGGUUCCCACCAGUGCUCUGGGAGAGUCGAGGUGGUCCAUGGGAUCACCUGGGGUACAGUGUGUGAUGCUGCGUUUGACGGGCAGGAUGCAGAGGUGGUGUGUCGAGAGCUGGACUGUGGGGCUCCUGUAGAGAUGCUGGGAGCAGCUGCAUUUGGAGAGGGAAAGGGCAAGGUGUGGUCAGAGGAAAUUCAGUGUGGCGGCAACGAGACUCAGAUUCAACUCUGCCCAACACCUGCAGUAAAUAUCAACUGCUCACAUGACAGGGAUGUGGGGUUAGUUUGUUCUGGAUACACAGACGCCAGACUGGCAAAUGGCACUGAUUACUGCUCGGGCCGAGUGGAGCUCAAGUACCUCAGCGAAUGGGGCACAGUGUGUGAUGCAUCCUGGGAUAUGAAGUCCUCCAGCGUGCUCUGCCAUCAGUUGAACUGUGGAAGAGCUGUGGCUGUUGUAGGGCCAGAGUGGUUUGGUGAGGGGAGUGGAAGCAUCUGGCCUGAUGUGUUUGUGUGUGAGGGGAAUGAAACUGGCCUCUCAGAAUGUGGAAUCUCCUGGUGGAGUCGAGCUGCAUGCUCCCAUAGACAGGAUGCUGGAGUGAUCUGCUCAGGUUCAUCCUUCUCUCUGGACAAUGGGACGGUGCGCUUGUCUGGAAGGAGCCGUUGUGAAGGAGAGGUGGAGGUUUACGUCAGCCAGAGGUGGAGGAGAGUUCUGCUGGACUCCUGGAAUCGGUCUGAAGCCUCCGUGGUGUGCAGACAGCUGGCCUGCGGUUCUGCUGUUGGGUUCUCUGGUUCUGCUGAGACGGAGGGUGAUGGGUGUGUCUCAGGGUUCCGAUGUUCUGGACAUGAGACUCAUCUGGGAAACUGCAGCACUCCUCAGAUGCUAAACUGCAGUUCUAGCCUGCACGUGACCAUCGUCUGCUCAGGCCAUCAGCCAGUCAGGUUGGUGGGAUCCCGAGGAGAUUGCGCCGGCCGGCUGGAGGUGUUACACAACAGCUCGUGGGGGACUGGUGAAUUUUCACCUAUCAUGGAGGAUGCCCAGGUAGUGUGCAGACAGCUGCAGUGUGGUACAGCCCUCAGGGUUGAGGUACCUGCAUCCUUUCAUCCAGGAGACGUGCCCAUCUGGCUGAGCGAGGUGGGCUGCGCAGGUGACGAGACGAGCCUGUGGGAGUGUCCCUCAGCAGGGUGGGGACGCCAUGACUGCUCACACAAAGAGGAUGUGUGGGUCAUGUGCUCAGAGUUCAUUCAGCUGAGAGAAAACACAGUGCGUUAUGGACCAUGCACAGGUGUUAUAGAGGUCUAUUACAGUGGCACCUGGGGGGAAAUAUGCUUCAAUGACAUGGACAAAGACACAGGCUCAGUGAUUUGCCAACAGUUAGGUUGUGGAGGUUUUAGAAAGACCUAUGCAGUAAGGUCAACUAAAGGCCAGCGACUGAGCCCUCCCCGGUGUAGGAAGCAUGAUACACAUCUUGAGCAGUGCAAACCUUUUCAGUGGGGACAAUCCUGUGAGGAGGUUGCUGAACUUCAUUGUACAGGAGGUGGAAAAAAUGUAGGAAGUGGAAAAAAUGCGUCUAUCCUACACGAAGUCAUGGAAUGUCCAGGUGCUCCAGGGCUGAGGCUGGUGGGGGGUCUCACUCACUGCUCGGGGAGGGUGGAGGUGCUCCUGCAGGGAGAGUGGGGGACGGUGUGUGACGACUCCUGGGACAAGAAGGACGCCCAGGUGGUCUGCAGGCAGCUGGACUGUGGGGAGCCUGUGGAUGUAGGGGGGGAGCAGGGCACAUUUGGGAGGGGGAACGGUGCCAUCUGGCUGGACGAGGUGAUCUGCACAGGCAAUGAGCACCACCUGUGGGACUGCUGCCGCGCCCCUCUGAACCAGAGUGACUGCACCCAUAAGGAGGACGCCUGGGUCAACUGCACAGGGCCUCCAUCUUCCACCCGCCGUCAUCCUGUAAGAACCACAGGUCGUCCAUGUGAGCCUGCAGGGUUUCCUGUCUCUCCAGCGGCCAUAGCGGCUCUGGGGCUCCUGUUCCUGCUGCUGCUGGGGUCACUGGUUGUGCUGGUGGGGCAGAACAGGUCACUCAGGAGAGGUGCUGUAACACCUUCAUUAUUUCAAUAAGUGUU